AUGGCCGACCAAUUUGCUCCCCCGUCGGGUCCCCCGCCUCCCAAGGCCCCCGAGGUCCCUCCCGGCUGGAUCGCUCGCUGGAACGACCAGUUUUAUGUGAACCUCCACACCAAGCAAUCCCAGUGGGAUAAGCCAACGGAGCCAGCCCUCCCUCCUCCUCCCCCACCAGCAGAGGAUGGGCACCCGGGCGGCCCCCCUCCGGGUUACGCCCCGCGCCCCGGCGACCAUUCGACGCCGCCCGUCGACCAAAAGCAAAACCCCUACGAUCAUAAGGGCAACCCCUACGAGGACCAGUCUUCGACCCCGCAGCCACCCGGUGCCGGCGGCUCCAACACGAUGUCCGAGGACGAGCGCCUAGCCCGCCAGCUUCAGGCAGAGGAAGAAUCCCGCGCCCGCAGCGGCGGUGGAGGCGGUAGCCACUCUCCCAUGCCCCCGGACUACAACCCCCAGCAGCAGCAAUACCAGCAGUCGCAGUCAUCGUUCCCCGACCAGCUCCCACCCCGCGCACAGGAGACAAGAGGAAAGAGCUCCGGCGGGUUCCUGGGCAAGCUGCUUGGCAAGGCCAAGACGGGAGGUAUGGGUGGCUCUAGCCCCGCGCAGCCGCAGUACGGAGGAUAUCCCCAGCAGCAAGGAUACGGCGGCUACCCGCCUCAGCAAGGCUAUGGUGGUUAUCCCCCGCAGCAGCAAUAUGGCGGCUACCCGCCUCAGCAAGGGUACGGGGGCUACCCUCCACAGCAGGGUUAUGGAGGAUAUCCUCAGCAGCAGGGCUACGGCCGCGGAAUGGGCGGAAUGGGCGGAAUGGGUGGCGGCCGGAAACCCGGCGGCGGCGGCAUGGGCAUGGCGGGCGGUCUCGCACUCGGAGCCGGUGCCGGUCUGCUUGGUGGCGCGCUGAUUGCGGAUCAUAUCAAUGAUGAGCAGCAGGAGGCGUAUGCUGAGGGAUACAACGAUGGAAAUGAUGGAGAUGACUAUGGUGGUGGUGACGACUUUGGCGGCGACUUCUGA